AUGAAAACCUUCGUGCUGCUUGUUGGUCUCCUGGCCGUUGCCAGCGCUGAAUGGAUCGAUAUCGAUUGGUCCAAGGUGCGCCCGAUCGAGGAGUUCGAUCACUACUGGGCUCGUCUGCCAGCUGAAAUGCAGAUCUACCGCAAGAUGGUUCCCUCGCAUCGCAUCGUCAAUGGACAGGAGGCCACACCCGGUCAGUUCCCGUACCAGAUCGCUCUGCUGAGUGAAUUCGCUACAGGAACCGGUCUGUGCGGAGGUUCCGUGUUGACCAACAACUAUAUCCUGACUGCUGCUCAUUGCGUCGUGUCCGGUGCUACUACACUGGCCACUGGAGGAACUGCCAUCAUGGGAGCUCACAACCGUAACAUUCAGGAAGCUACCCAGCAGCGCAUUCGUUUCUCGACCGGUGGAAUUAUCCGUCACCCGCAGUACACCACGACCGACAUCCAUAAUGACAUCGCCGUGGUUCGUUUGAACUCUCCGAUUACCUUCAACGCUCGCGUUCAGCCGGCCCGUCUGCCUGCACGCUCGGAUACUCGUCAGUUCGGAGGAUUCACCGGAACUGUGUCCGGAUUCGGACGCGUCACGGAUAAUGGUGCAAUGUCUGCUGUUGUCAGGUUCACCACCAACCCGGUCAUGACCAAUGCUGAUUGUAUUGCUCGCUGGAACAUUGCCGUGAUUCAGCCCCAGAAUGUGUGCCACAGCGGUGAGGGUGGUCGCUCGGCCUGCAACGGUGACUCCGGUGGCCCGCUGACCGUCCAGGAUGGUGGAAGCCUCCAGAUCGGUAUUGUGUCGUUCGGAUCUUCUGAUGGUUGCUCCAUUGGUAUGCCAACAGUGUACGCCCGUGUGUCGUUCUUCCUCUCUUGGAUUGAGGCCAACUCUGACUUCGUUGCUCGCCCUUAA